AUGUACAUCACACCCAACCAAUACUUUGCAACAUAUCGAGAUUUGAAAAGAACAUCGCUAUCCCAUUCGACAUGUAAAUUGGUCAUUUUUGUAUCCUGUUUGGAUGUUGAUUCACUAUGUGCUGCCAAGAUGUUUAGUUUGUUAUUGAAAAAGGAGUUGAUUCAGUACCAGUUGCUCCCUGUAGUGGGGUAUAAAGAUCUCAAAUCGCAUUAUGACAGACUAGAUGAUGAUGUGACAAAUGUGGUGUUAAUUGGUUGUGGAGCCAUGUUGGAUGUGGAAAACUUUUUAGACGUUAACCCAGAGGAGUUGUUGGAUAAUAGUGCUGAACAGCCGGAAGAUGACCAAGACUUGAAUGAUGUAAAGAAGAACCAAUUCAGGAGGAAAAUAUAUAUUAUUGAUGGACAUAGACCGUGGAAUUUGGAUAACCUUUUCGGGUCUGAAAUUGUGGUUUGUCUUGACGAUGGCUAUGUUGAUGGGACCUUGCUAGAAGAAAAGAAGGCUUAUGAAGGUCUAAUCUUGGAGGAUGAAGAGGAAGAGUCGGGUUCGGAUUCAGAAUCUGAUUUUAGUGACGAUGAGGAACUCGAUGAAGAAACAGAUGUUGAUAUGCCUUCAGAAAGCGAAUUAGUUAUCAACUCGCAGGAUCCAGAGGAUACGGUUACGCGCAAACGAAAACUACAAGAGAAGUAUUCACGACAACUCAGAAAACAAAAGAAGCAAAAGAAGUCCGUAAACGAAGAUAAAUUACAGUCAUAUUACAACCAAGGUUCGACAAUAAGUACAGCCAACACCAUUACCGUUUAUGCUCUUCUUACAGCAAUAGGUGAGACUAAUUUGGAGAGUUUGUGGAUUGCAAUCAUUGGAACGUCGUCUUUGGACAGCCACUACCCCGAGAUUUACGAUAAAUUACAACCGCUUCUCAAAGAGGAAGUGAUGAGAUUAAACCCAGAGCACGAAAACACCAAAAAGAAAGCUGAUCAAACAAUACUACGCGUUGAACGAGAUUACCAUUUAUUCCUACUACGACACUGGACCUUAUACGACUCUUUCUUCUAUUCAAGUCAUGUGAAUUCGAAAUUGAAUUUGUGGACAGACGAAGGGAAAAAGAGGCUCCAUAAGCUUUUUGCAAAGAUGGGGGUUUCUCUAGCUGUCGCACAACAAAAGUGGUUAUACAUGGAUACAAAAGUGAAGCGACAAUUGCCUAUCAUAUUCCGCCGUUACUUGCCAAUUUAUGGACUUGAGGGAAUUGUCAGGGAGGGAUUCAUCAAGACAUAUGGAUAUACUGGCCUGCUUUCUGCAAUGGAGUGUGUUGAGGCCCUAAGUGCACUUCUCGAAUUAGAUGAAAAGUUUAUCCAAGAGUCGGCAAAACUAAAUGAAGAGGAUAACAAGACUCUUGAUAAUGAGGAUGAUAAAAUCAGGAAAAGAAUGGAGAGGAAAGAAAGCUCAUGGUUGAGUAAUUUUUGGUCCUCAUGGGAUGCAUUAAAUGUGACCAAGUCAUUGAAAACUAGCGCCAAUCAAACGUCACCAUUUACAAAACUAAAAGGAAGUGAGCUACUUUUCCGAGGUUUGGAAUAUGCUAAGCAGUUACAGCAAAUCACUUUUCGAACGGGGAUGUCUUUACUUGAGCGUAAGAUGAUUAAAAACUUGAAGCUUUAUCGAUUAUGUGUGUUGAAUGAUGGUGCAGUUCCCGAUUUGGAGAUAUUUAUUAACCCACUAAUGUUGUCAAAGUUGGGUACAUGGCUAAUUGAAAACUUAGCAGAAUUGGAUUUCAUAAACGGGAAUCACUCUUUGAAACCAUUGGUUGUGGCAAGUUUGGAUGUAAGUAGUGACACUUAUCUCGUCAUUGGUCUUGCCCCUAGGUAUCCACGUGGAAUGAGCAAUUCGGAAAAGGCAAAGUUGUUGCAAGAGCAAACCAACGAUAAAAUUACAGCUGAAUCAAUGACGACGCAUUUAAAUACAUUCAGUGUUGCAUUUCAACAAUUAUCAAACACUUCUGGAGCCAAAGUGCGUGUUGACAGUUUUGAUAGUUCAAUAAUAGAGAUUAGAAAGGAUGAUUUGGCUCCCUUUUUGGAGAAGCUCACAUUGAGUGGGCUCAUAUAG